AUGGGCGAGCCCGAUUCAUGGGAGGAUAUCGCGGGCCAGCAGCAGCCUCCGCCGCCAGGCGGCGCGGGAGGUUAUUACAACGCGCCGCCCGGCGCUGGCGGCGGAGCGCUUAACGUGAACGCGGCGGCGUUCGCUUUUAACCCGACGGCGGGCACGUUCGUGCCUAACUACGGCGGCCAGCCUGCUCCCGGCGGUGCUCCUGGCGCGUACGGUUACAACCAAGGCGGGUACGGUUACAAUCCGCAAGCGGCGUACGGUUACAACCAAGGCGGUUACGGUUACAACCAAGGCGGGUACGGCUACAACCAACAGCAGUACGGCGGUGGAUAUCAGCAGCAGCAGUACGGCGGGGGAGGAUAUCAUCAGCAGCAGUAUGGGGGAAGGGGGGGACGGGGAGGUGGCGGAGGGCGAGGAGGCGGAGGAUACGGCGGGGGACGAGGAGGCGGCGGAGGCGUUGCCCAGCAGCAGUAUGCGCAACCGGCGCAACCUCAGCAGCAGCAGCCGUCGGGGCCUGCGGUAACUAAAACCCUCGGCGGUCCCGCGUCUUCCGGCCCGGCCGUCUCGAAAACCCUCGGCGGUCCCGCGUCGUCCGGCCCGGCCGUCUCGAAAACCCUCGGCGGCCCUGCGGUCACCAAGUCCCUCGGUGGACCCUCUGUGCAGAAGGUUCUUGGGGCUCCUUCACCCGCGGCGGCCCCCGCUCCAGCAGCGGCGGAACCCGCUCCGCCCGCCGCAGCUGCUGCCCCGCCCGCGGCGGAGGAGGAGAAGCCCGCGGAAGCUGAAGCGGAAGGGAAAGUGGAGAGCGGAGCGGAAAACGUUGCGGAAAGCGACGGAGCAGUGGACGCGGCGGCAGCAGCGGUGGCAGCGGUGGGCAUUAAGGACGACGACAAGGACGAAGCGCCCCCUGCAGAUGGAUCAGCAGCAUCCGCCAAGGUCGAAGCGGCAGCAGCCGCAUCAGCGUCAGCGGCGGCAGCGGCGGCGGUAGUGGAAGAGGAGGAGGCGGAGGAGGAGUUUGAGAUCCCCGAGUCGGAGGACAAGCGCCAGCACCUCAACCUCGUCUUCAUCGGCCACGUCGACGCGGGGAAGUCGACGAUCGGCGGGCAGAUCCUGUACCUGGCGAACAUGGUGGACGAGCGCACCAUCCAGAAAUACGAGCGCGAGGCCAAAGACAAGAACCGCGAGAGCUGGUACAUGGCAUACAUCAUGGACACCAACGAGGAGGAGCGAGCCAAGGGCAAGACAGUGGAAGUCGGUCGGGCGCACUUUGAGACGGAGAAGAAGCGAUACACCAUCCUCGAUGCCCCUGGCCACAAGAACUAUGUGCCCAACAUGAUCAGUGGAGCAUCACAGGCGGACGUGGGCGUGCUGGUGAUAGCGGCGCGCAAGGGCGAGUUUGAGACGGGCUUUGAGCGCGGAGGGCAGACGCGCGAGCACGCGCAGCUCGCCAAGACGCUCGGUGUGUCCAAGCUCGUGGUGGUGGUCAACAAGAUGGACGACCCGUCCGUGCAGUGGAGCCAGGAGCGGUACGACGAGAUUGUCACCAAGCUCACGCCCUUCCUCAAGCAGUGCGGUUACAACACCAAGAAAGACGUGCAGUACCUACCGAUAUCGGGCAUCCAGGGUGCCAACAUGAAGGAGCGGGUGAAGAAGGACGUGUGCCCGUGGUAUGAUGGGCCCUGCUUCUUCGAGGUCCUUGAUGCUCUCGCCCCGCCCGACCGCGACCCCAAGGGGCCCGUCAGAAUGCCCAUCAUAGACAAGUACAGAGACAUGGGUACGGUGGUCAUGGGCAAGGUGGAGAGUGGCUGCAUCAAGCGAGGCGACACACUCACUGUCAUGCCCAAUAAGACCGUGGUGAAGGUGGUGACCAUAUUCCGCGACAACGACGAGGUGCAAUUUGCCCUGCCAGGGGAGAACCUCCGGGUGCGCCUCACAGGCAUCGAGGAGGAGGAGGUGUCCGCUGGCUUCGUGCUCUCCUCGCGCAAGCGUCCCAUUGGAGUGUGCACAGAGUUCGACGCUCAGCUGCAGAUUCUGGAGCUGCUUGAUCACAAGGCGAUCUUCACAGCGGGGUACAAAGCGGUGCUGCAUGUGCACAGCGUGGUGGAGGAGUGUGAGAUCAUCAGCCUUCUGCAGCAGACGGACCUCAAGACCAAGAAGCCCAUGAAGAAGAAACCGCUAUUCGUCAAGAGCGGUGCUAUUGUGGUUGUGCGCAUCCAGGUGAGCGACCCCAUCUGUGUGGAGAAGUUUGCUGACUUCCCUCAGCUCGGCCGCUUCACUCUGCGCGACGAGGGCAAGACGGUGGCAAUAGGCAAGGUCACUCACCUGCGCUCCAGCAGCUCUGCCUGA